CACCCGGCUCCGCCCGCCGACGGCUGUCUCCUGUCACCACCACACCGCUCCGUUCCGCUCCGCAUCGCUCCGCUCCUCACGGCCGGGCGCAGCGCCGGGCAGGGCAGCGCCCAUGGGCUGCGGUAACUCCACGGCCAGCGGCGCGGCCGGGCGAGGUGCUACAGGAACUACUAAAGAUGUAGCAGAAGAAUCUGUAUCAGAUGAUGACAAAAGGAGGAACUAUGGAGGUGUGUAUGUUGGCCUGCCCUCCGAUACAGCUGCCAUGGUUUCCAGUCAGACAAAAACUGCACCAAAAGAUUAGAAGGAAAGAAACACAGCAAGAUCCAAACAGCUGGAGAUUUAAACUAAGACCAGUUGCCAGUGCUUUAGAGAGAGCUGUCUUUGUGCUGAAGAUUUUUAUAUUUAAGUAGCCUUCCGGAGAGCACGAGAGAUGAGAGCACCAAAAAAAAUCUAAACUGUUGCAAGUUCCAACUACGGGUAAAGCUUAAAAUACAGCGUUGAAUCAGUUUCCUAUGAUGGUUGCAUUAUGGAAACCUCCUGCUGUUCUCCAGUGAAAAAUGAAAUUAAUGAACUCAUGGUGGAUGUUUCUGCACAAGAGCUAACUUUGAUGAUCUGCAACUUAUUUCUCUGUGGCCAUAUUGCAGAUUUCAUCAGCUAUCAGCUACGCUUCAUAUAUUUUCUCCAACGAUUUUUGAUAGAUUUUAUAUAGAAAAUCAUUACUAUUGUCCACUUAAUAGUUCCUAUGGUAGGUUCCUAUAAAUUAAUUGUUAAUUUACUUCAGAGUAAUAUAUUUGACAGGUUUGCAUCUUUUUGGUAAUAUUGCAAAAUUUAAUAUUUUUGCUGUGAAAACUUAAGAAUAGGAUGAAAUAAACAUAAGACCAUUGAGUUCUUUAUAAU